AUGGAUAGUUUUGCAAAAGAAGAAGAUUAUAUUAAAUUUGAUUUUAAUGACGAAACAUGGAAAGCAAUUGAAAAAAAGUCUCCUACACCUUCAAAUUCACGGAAAAGCUUUUUCCAAAAAACAGUAGCCAAAAUGGAAAAUCUUUUUAAAAGAAAACAUGUAGAAGGCAAUACACCAAUCAGCAAACGAUCACGACGUGAAAUAGAGGCGCCAUGGGCAAAAGACUAUUCAGAAGAAACAAGUGUUUCUAGAAUCCUUCAUCGUGAAAUAUUAGAUUUCUCAAAUUUUAUUUCACCUACGAAAGAGGAGCAUUUUGUUCGAGAACUUGUUGUCCAAAGAAUAAAUGCUCUCGUCCAAAAGCACUGGAAAAAUGUCCAACUUUGUGCAUUUGGUUCUUUUGAUACGAUGUUAUACCUUCCCACCAGUGAUAUUGAUCUUGUUAUCCUUUCUUUAGGUCCACGGAUUUAUGAAACUAGAAAAGACUUACAUAAACUUUCUCGUUAUUUACGUUGUUCAAACGUUGCAAAAGAUAUUCAAGUUAUAACAGGAGCCUCUGUCCCUAUUAUUAAAUUUAUCGAUACAUUAACACAGAUUCAUGUUGAUAUUUCAUUUAAUAAACCAGGUGGUUUAGUAUCAGCUAACAUUAUAAAACAAUAUAUGAAAGAACAUUAUGCGUUGAAACCCCUUGUGAUGUUUAUAAAACAUUUUCUUAACAUGAGAGGUCUUAAUGAAGUAUUUUUAGGAGGAUUAGGAAGUUACUCUAUUAUUUGUCUUGUUGUAAGCUUUUUACAGAGACAUCCAAAACUCCUCUCAAAAGAAAUUAAAGAACAAGAUAAUCUUGGUGUCCUUCUUAUGGAAUUUUUUGAACUUUAUGGAAAACUAUUUAAUUAUAAUGAAGUUGGUAUCAGUAUUAAUAACGGAGGAAAAUAUUUUUCAAAGAGAUUAAAAGGAUGGGCAAAGUCUACCCAGCCAUUUCUUUUAUCUAUCCAAGAUCCAGCAGAUCCAGAUAAUGACAUUGCAAAAUCAUCUCGUUGUAUUUUAAAGAUUAAAGCUACUUUAGGAGGAGCUUUUGACCUUUUGGCAUCCAGACUUUAUCAUGUCAACAAAACAAUAAGACCAAGUUCUCGACAUAAACACAAAAAGCUCAAUAUGCAUAUAGAUAGUAUUUUAAGUGCGGUCAUUUCGGUAGAUACAGAUAUUAUUGAACAUCGUCAAAUGUUAAAACAAAUAUAUAACGAAAGUGAAAAAAAGAAUUAA